CGCCAUCGUCUUCACAUUUCGAUGCGACUUCUUGAACUACGCGUUAGAUAUAUUCACAUUCGCUCCAACUCUUCCUCGAUAUUCUCGAUAGUUCUUGCUACAAAUUCCUUUGCUAUUUCAAGCUCCUUACAGCCAUGCCGAAAGACGACCUUAUGGAGCAUGCCUCCUCCACCGUCGACUUCUAUGCCCUUCUCGGCGUCGAAUUCGAGUCCUCAUCUUCAGACAUCCGCCGAGCCUACCGCAAGACAGCCUUGAAAUACCAUCCCGAUAAACUCGGUGCUGCUUUUGACCCCGAGAAAUUCCAUCUCCUCCAGGUUGCGAACGAUGUGCUGAGCGAUCCGACCGCGAAAGCGGCCUACGACAAUGCGCGCUAUGCGAGACUGCAGAAGGUGAGGCAGGAGCAGCUGUUUGAGGGGCGGAGGAGACAGAUGAAGGAGGAGUUGGAAGCGAGAGAGAAGGGAGGUGUGGGAGCUGGGAUACAGGUUGGGGGGAAGAGACCGAGGGAGGAGGAAGAUGAGAUGGGCACAGAGAUUCGCCGCCUGGCGGAGGAGGGGAAGAGGAGGAGGAGGGAGAUGGAAGAGAAGAUACGGGCGCAAGGUGGAUCUGCACCAUCGUUUGCUGAACCUUCCGCGUCGACACCUCCACCCAAACGGCCAGCCGAUAUCACCCCUAAACCUGCCGCACCGACCAAACCAGAGCCAGCACAAACAGCAGCAGAGGAAGCUGAAGAGGAAGAUGAAGUCGCCCGACUCGAGCGCCGCAUCCGAGAAAUUGCCGAAGCCAAAGAGAAGCGUAAGGCUGACAAGCGGGCGCGGAAAAGUGGUGUCUACGUCCCGGCUGAUACCCCAUCUGCAUCUCCUGCGGGUGACUGGAAGGCGAGGUUGAAGGAGAAAGGCAUCCAUGACCAGAAGGACACCAGUACACCAGUGAAAAGACCCGAUUUGAACGGACUUAAAGCAGGCGAGAAACCGCUGUCCUCGCCGAAGUUCUCGUUCUCCCCAAAGCCAAGGCUUGUGCCACAGGCGAAGGAUGAAUUUGCAGCAACUAUGGACCGCCUGAAGGAUGCCGAAAAGAAGAGAUUGGAGGAGGAGAUUCGGCGGAAGGAGGCUGACAGUCCUCUGUAGGGACUCCCUGUGCAUAUUGCAUUUCAGCGUUGGCGUUUGGGGCAUUUAAGUUUAUGAUACCAUGUGUUAUAUGUAGAUUAAAGCAUACAGAAAGC